AUGGCUUCUCACGAUGAUGAUACCAUGCCCGAGGAGACUCAGGGCUACAAGCUCUCCCAGCCUAAGCAGAGCUUGGCCGAGUACAACCAGAUGGAUGCCGGCGAUGAGUCCCUCCAACGAUACAAGCAGUCCCUUGGCCUCGGCGGUGGCAAGGACCUCUCCGAUCCCUCCGACCCUCGAGUCUGCAUUAUCAAGGCGCUUACCAUGGACUCGCCCGGUCGCCCUCCCGUUGAAAUCAAACUCGCUGAAGCUGGAAGUGAGGGGAGACUUAAGGAGAAACCCUUCCAGAUCAAAGAGGGAGUCAAAUUCACCAUGAGCGCCGAGUUCAAGGUCCAGCACGAGAUUCUGAGUGGUCUGCACUAUGUUCAGGUCAUCAAGAGAAAGGGACUUAAGGUGUCCAAGGACUCAGAAAUGAUUGGAAGCUACGCUCCCAACACCGAGAACCAGCCCACCUACGUCAAGAGAUUCCAUGAGGAAGAGGCUCCCUCUGGAAUGCUCGCCCGUGGCAAGUACGACGCCAUCUCCAGCUUUGUCGAUGAUGACAAGAAGAAGCACCUCGAGUUCGAGUGGAAGUUCGAAAUUGUCAAGGAUUGGCCAAAGGAUGAGUAA